AUGAGUACCUUGAGUUUACCCAGAAAGCUCUGGGAGCAUCCCAGCCCCAAAAAUACAGCUAUGUAUAAACUGAUGCAGGAAAUCAAUCACAAACACAAUCUUCAGAUUGAUAACUUCUGGGAUCUCUGGCAAUAUUCCACCACUCACCGAGCUCAAUUCUGGGACCUAGCUUUCCAAUACCUCAAUCUAAUCUAUAGCGGCUCAUACACAACCGUCGUUGAUGAGAAUGCCCCCAUAGAUUCUAUACCGCAUUGGUUCUCGGGUGUAUAUAUGAAUUUUGCUGAAAAUAUAUUGUAUUCGCGAGUAUCCGGUCAUGCAUCGUCUCACAGAGGUACAAUUGGGAAAGAAGAUAACAAGAUUGCUUUGACUGAGGUUCGAGAGGGAGGAACUGAAAUACGUGAUAUUAGUUGGGGAGAGUUAAGGAAAGGCGUAGCGGAAUUAGCUAGUGCUAUGAAGGAACAUGGUGUUGGGAUCGGUGAUAGAGUGGUGGUUGUGGCUAGUAAUUCUUUUGAUACUUUGAAGGUUUUUCUGGCUGUAGCAUCGCUUGGGGGUUUGUUUAGUAGUAGUUCGACGGAUAUGGGUGUUCAAGGUGUUUUGCAACGGGCUUUACAGGUUGAGCCAAAGUAUAUUUUUAUGGAUGAUUGGGCCGUCUACAAUGGCAAGACAGUUGAUCUUCGCGAAAAGAUGAUCGCGAUUGUUCAUGGAAUGAAAGAUGUCAAAGAGUUCAAAGGAAUGGUUUCUGUGCCUAGAUUUCAAACACCCUCAGAUAUCUCCGACAUUCCUCGCACCCAAAGUCUAUCUACUUACCUCUCAAAAUCUACAUCUCAACUUCUUACUUUCGCAAAAACAGCAUUCCACGAUCCUUUCUUCAUUGCGUAUUCAUCCGGUACCACUGGAACACCAAAAUGCAUCGUCCAUUCCAUUGGUGGCGCAAUCCUCAGCGCAGCUAAAGAAGGAACUCUCCAUCUAGAAACUGGCCCUCAUUGUACGGCCCUUCAAUACACAACAACAGGAUGGAUAAUGUAUUUUAUGUCCAUCUCCAAUCUACUUACCGGAUGUCGCAUAGUUCUCUAUGACGGAAGUCCCUUUCAGCCCGAUCUCACUACUUUUGUAAAACUCCUCGGCGAUUUAAAGGUUACGCACUUCGGAACAUCUCCAAAAUGGAUGGCAGAAAUGCAGAAAAAUGGGAUUGUGCCGAAGGAUGUGACGGAUCUUUCGACUUUGCAUUCGGUGACGAGUACGGGUAUGGUAUUGUCGGAUCAGCUUUUUCAAUGGUUUUAUGAUGUAGGAUUCCCGACAAGAGUGCAUUUGGCUAAUAUUUCUGGAGGAACGGAUAUUGCAGGAUCCUUUGGCCAAGGAAAUCCCCUGACUCCAGUCUAUGUUGGAGGAACUCAAGGUCCUAGCUUAGGCACACCUAUCGCAGUUUACGAUGCUCUCAUCGAAAGCGGACAAGGCGUUGAAGUUGAACAUGGCACACCCGGUGAACUGGUAGCUCCCCAAGCUUUCCCUAACAUCCCCGCCUUCUUUUUCCGCGACCCCAGUGGUUCCUUGUACCAUUCCUCCUACUUCUCGAAAUAUACCCACGUCUGGACUCACGGUGAUUUCGUAUCCAUUCACCCCGUAACUCACAACUUACAUUUUCACGGUCGAGCGGAUGGUGUUUUGAACCCUAGUGGUGUUCGUUUUGGCAGCGCGGAGAUAUAUAGUAUUAUUGAGAAAUAUUUUGGGAAGGAAAUUCAAGAGAGUUUAUGCGUGGGACAGAAAAGAGAAGGGGAUGAAGACGAGAGGGUGAUGUUAUUUUUAGUAAUGAGAGAGGGUGAGAAAUUUACCGAGAGGUUGAGAGAAAAGGUAAAAGAGGUAAUCGGAAGGGAGUUAAGUAAAAGACAUGUUCCAAGGUGGAUUUUCGAAGCCCCAGAUAUUCCUACAACAGUAAAUCUGAAGAAAGUCGAACUUCCCGUUAAGCAAAUCGUAUCGGGGAAGAUUAUUAAACCAAGUGGUACAUUGCUGAAUCCAGAGAGUUUGAAAUUCUUCUAUCAGUUUGCGAAGGUAGAAGAGCUUUUUAGGGGGAAGAGAGAGGGGAUUAAGAACGAGGUCAACAGAGAGAGUAAAUUAUAG